CUGUUCAAACACCAUGCGCGACAGGUUCGUCUUGUUGUCGGCGCUCGCGUUGCUGCUGCCGGCCGUCCUGCGGGCCGCGGUCGUCCCGAAAAGCGGAAUCCGAUCCGAAAACGGUACCCGAUAAAUAUUAUUACGCUGUUGCCAUUAUCGUUUAUCAUUAUUGUUGUACUCGCUGUCCGGGCCCCUGACACGGCGAUAAUAAUCGUUUUACGGCUGUACCGUAUCGAAUUUCGUCUCGGUUUCCGGCCCGCGAUAGCUGCAAUAUCGUUUUUUCACAAGCUUUGCCCCUUGUUGUUGUUAUUAUUAUUAUUAUUAUUAUUUUCUUCUUCUAAUGUUUCACUGUGUUGUUUUUUUUUUUUUUAUUUUUCCUGUUCCGUGCGCGUACCCCGCCGCCGCCGCAGACAACGGAGACUCCGUCAACAGCCUGGAAGACGUGGAUCUCGGUUGCGACGGCGCGGCCAAAUGCGACCAGGACCAAGACGCGGUAGGAGCGGCGGCCGCCGUAGGGAUCGGCGGCGUCCAGUCCACCACCAAAAACCGUAAGCCACCCGCAAAUCGUUACGUUUGAAACGCGCGCGCCGUUCGGUACCGAAACCCGUUUCGCGAGGCCUGUCCACGAAAACCGCUCUCCGUAAUGCAAAUAUUAAUACCUACCGAUACGAUUAUGCGCACGCGGUAUAAAACCAUCCGUUUUUCCGAUUUCCCGGCUCGGUCCGGCACGACAGUCACGGGAAACUCGAACGAAUUACGACGACGAUAGUUAUUAAAGUGGACGGGUUACUAUCCUCGUCUCACGCACGUGAGACAUAGGCGAUUUAGGCGCGCUUUAUUUCCUGCGUGCCGAUCGAUCGCGGCGAAGCGAUACGAUUUCCGAGAGCCGAUUUGAAUCCGUCGUGAAGUCUACUUGAGAUCGACCUUCUCACUUUUUGACUCUUGAUUUUUAUUUUCCAAAAAAUUAAAAUAUUCCAUUUUUCGUUACAUUGCUCUUUUAUUAGUGUGGCUUCUUUUUUUUUUUUUUUUAGAACUUGACUUUAAAAAGCCGGAAAGUCGAUCUCACGUAGACUUCACGAAAAAUUCAAAUCUGUUUCCGGAAUUCGUAUCGCUUCGCUAGAUCAAUCGGCGGUACGUUGGAAUUAAAAUACGUCUAAACCUCACUUGUGUAAGACGAAUACAGAAACUCGUCACUUCAAAUCCCCUUAAUAUAGUAAUAUUCGUAAAGCGUACUAUUAUAAGAGCGAAUAUUUCAUCAACGAAAUAAUACGUUUUUGUUGAUAAACGUCGAAAAAAAAUCUCACUGUACACGAUGACAUCGUUUUUAAUUUAAUUUAUUUUUUUUAUUAUUUUUUUUUUGAGUUAUUCAUACAGAAGUAUACCGAACAAUGCAAUUAUCGAUCGAGUUUAAAUUCUAAACACGUAUUUAAUUGUUCAACUGUAAUAAAACCAUGCCGGUCGGACUUUUUACCCGAAUUAAAUCGCCGAACGGCACUGUGGUCGAAAAAAGGUUCGAAAAAAAUGUAUUUAAAACACUGAUUUCCCUUCCCGCUUACAGGCUUAAUAGCAAUAAUGAUCAUUGGCGUGGUUAAAAUUUUAAAAUAUACUAUGGUUAAUGUCAAUAUUGUUCGUUCAGUAUAACCGCAAUUCCGUACUGUUAGUUUUAAUAUAAGAGUGGAUAAUUGCAAGCCUGUUAUCAAACUUAAAGGUUAGAACCUAUGUGUUUAUACAUUUAUGUAACGUUGGUUUUUUAAAUAUUUUCAUUCUUAAACGAGGUACGAGAAGGUCAAAUAUUAAAUAAAUUCUUAUAAAAGAAUAACUUUUUAUUAAUCUGUUUUGUAUCGUUAGACAAUUUUAUUUAUAAGUUAAGUCCGUUAGAACGGGGACUUUUAAAACCGUUAUUUUUAAACGCUUUUUAACCGUUUUUUUUUUUUAUUAUUAUUCAAGGAUUUGUUGAAAUUUUAAAACGCUUUGUUGCAGAUUUUAAGAGCAUAUAAAUCCGGUCUUUAAUUAUCAUUACCGUUAUUAUUAAGGAAUUAUUUUUCGUAGUUAAGAAACCGGGUUUAAAAACUCCGUUUUGGCGAUUGUACAAUAUACAUUAUACCGUAUCACAUACACUGAAAAAAAAAAAUGUAAGAAAAACCACACAUUAUAGCUAUUUUUCGAUUACACAUUUCUUUCAGACGGUGCGGUUCCAUAUAAAUAUAUUAUAUAUCUUUUAAAUUCAAUUUAUUAUACAUUUCCGUUGAAACACCUUUCUCGACCCGCGUGCAGUUGGGCCAUUACCUUUUUUUUCGACCCAAGUACAAUUCGACCUUAACCGUAAUAAACUUUAAUAUAAUACGAUAUUAUGUGGCGGCGUGAGUGUAUAAUAUAUUAUAGUAUGGGUAAUAAUAAUAUUAUUAACCUUACCGAAUUCUUAACGCGUUUUUGUUCAAAGCGAUAUUUGUUGUUAAAUUUCAGUAUAAACUCGUUAUACGUAUAUAAUAUACUGUACCAGCGCAUUCUCGUCGGUUUUCGUGUAUUUUUUUUUCUUUUCUAUAUAAUAAUAAAUAUAUGAGUCUCAAGUGAAAACAACCUAUUGUUUGUUGUUUAAGAGAGCCAUUGCAUUUUUUAUGAGCUUAAAAGCAUUUUCGAGAGUGUAUACCUGUAUACCUAUACGUUCUUGCGACUUACAAGUUUCAGGAAUUCGUGACCUCCACGUGUGUCUUAUCUAUACCGCGGCACGUACAUCCUCCUGUGUCCCCUGUCCCGCGACACUUGUUAUUAUGUUUUACUUGUUUCGCUUCCAAACAUUUUCUGACACAUCCGACUUCUUAAAUAUUGUCAACCGCGGCAUGCGAUUUUCGGGAAAAAUGUCACGUCAGCUUCAAAGACAUUUUUCCUAUAGUGCAUUGUAGGUAGGUGCGCGUUUUUCGUAUACCGUUAAUUUCGUUAUACUUCCGGACCGGGGAAAGUGAAGGCGGUAUCCCUGCAGCUACCUAUAAUCGUUGUACGAUAUUCUACGCGAGUUCGCAACAUUUUCGACGCUGAAAUUGUAUACUCUUCCAAGUAUAUUAUUUUAUAACCGUAAGAUUUUCUUACAUUCAAAAUCUAACCAAAUUAAUUUACAUCGAAAUAGGUCACAGUAUAACAUUUCAUCUUCAAAUAAAAUGAUUUAAUUUUAUGUGUUAUACAUAUACGUUGAAUACGAUUACUAGAAACGGAAUUAAACAUAAUAGCCCGUAGUCCAAAACUCGUAGCCCGAAAUCGAAGGAAAAUAUCGAUUUUAUUUAUUGUACGUUCGAUGAGAGAAUAAGUAGUUACUACCUUAUAUGACCUUCGCAAUAUUUAAGUAAACAUUAUGAUUUUUGACGGUUUAUUCUCUAAAGUACUCACGUUGGGCGGAGCUGCUGGUCGUCUCGGGAACGUUUUCUUAUUAAUAUUUGAUUUGAUCUUAUUGGGGGCGGGGGGGGAGAGGAGGAAAUCGAAAUCAUAAAAUACAUUAUAAUAUUAUGUAAUGGAAUUGCAAAGUUUUAAAAACAUCGUUAUGGAAUGAAAAAUCCGCUGUAAAUAUUUUAUGGCCGCAUUUUCCCGUUUUUAUGCCGUCGUACGUUAUCUAUACGGUUUUUAAAAUGCUUGAUAUCACCCGGUUAAUGCCGAUUAAUGUGGCCGAACACGACAAUAACCGUAGGUACGGCUUAUUGUCGAAUAUCGAAAUCGCACUAUUUACGAGUGAAACAAAAACGAAUGGUCGUAGCGGGGUUAAUUUGAAAAUGCCGUGCGUUUCGCCGCCGAAACUUAACGGACGACUAUAAUUGUUAGUAAUAAUAAUUAUAGCGCUAUAAAACGCGACAUUAACCGCGUGAUAAAGUGCCUACGAUACCCGUCGGAAUCGAAUUUGCCGCUCUCGCCGACGUUUACAGGAGAUGUUUCCGGCCCGGAGGUAUAUAGUGCAAUGUGUCGAAGUAUUUCCCCGGGUACGGGACUUAUUAUUAAUUUCGACUAAAACAAUUAAACGUUCAAAAAUUAAUUAUCCGUAAAUGCAAUAAUAAUAAUUGAAACCCGGUAGCAAUUCCAGUACGGCGGUAUAGGUAUAUAUUAUAGGAAAAUGAUAAAUCUAAACGAUCUCGCGGGGCGGACGUCUCUGACGAUCGCCCGCGAUGCAACGGUAUAUAGGUGUUAUACAAUUAUACCUAUUCUAUUAUUGCAAUAUCUAAAAUCGAUUUCGAUAAAACGCACAAACGUCGGCAUUUAAAUUAAAUUCGAUUUUCACUAAAAUAUCGGGCAACUCGUACGGCAUUGGUGUUUCCAGUGUUUAUUUGAGAGAUGGCGGAGUGCUGAAAAUCGCUCGUACUCGAGGCGGAACAGAAACAAUGUAGGGCCCGCCCGAUCAUAACGUUAAUUUUUAUGAAUGUCCCACAAAUAAAUUACAGCAAUAACUUUAUUUGACUACAUCGGCUACAUAAUAUACUAGGCCAUCGUAAUAUUCGUAAUUGCGUAUAUUGAUAAUAAAACACGCGCGAUUUAAAGGCACCUCUGAUCUCUGUAGAAUUAGUCAAUCUCGAUCAACAUUAAACAUAUUUAGUCGGCCGCCCGCCCGCCCGUUUUUAGUUACGAGGCGAUCGCCUCGAAAAAUCCCACUUCGGCACGCCACUGUUCAUAGGUACUGCGGCUGCGGCAGUGUGAUUAUUGUUGCGCACAAUAUUACCCGUAUGUUUUUGAUAGUUCGGUAGACGUUCGUUUAUUUGCCGGAGAUUAUUUCAAUUAUUCCAUUUCCAAAUGACGCGUUAAAAUUACAAUCGAAUUUGGAUAAAUUUACUAUUUGGAAUCGUUUUAAAUCGCAUCCCCGUUAAAUAUCAACUAAAUGUAGUGUUAUUGAUUUUUCACUCUCGGAUAAUCCGAUUGCCUAUAAUUAUUGUUGCACGUUCGAUAACCGUACGGUCACUGGAGUUACUUCAAAAGAGACCUAGUGAUUGUUUUUGAAUACGAAUUUUUCUUUGCGUACACAAAAAUACUUUUGUUAAAAGUCCUUUUAAGAUGUUUACAUUCAUUGGUAGAGACACAAGUAAUUUUUAAAAUAUUAACGCUUUGAAACCAUGAAUUAUACUCUUUUCCUGUCAGAACUCAUCCUGAGUUUGGGUCAAUAAAGUCUGGUCACCGGGCAUUCUUCACACAUAAAUCUCAUUGGAAAUGUUCGAUAUACAUUUUUAAAAAAUUAUUUUAUUUCGUAUACUUAGUAUGCCCAUUCAAAGAGAUAGAUAAACUCCCGGCUGGGAUUUACGUUUUCUAAGUUAUGGAGAAAUUGUGCAGUUAUUAUGUUUAUUUAUGAUUUGUUAAACGAACAUGUCGGUUCUCCGGAAAUCAAGGACGUCAUUUUCGGGAUGUAAGCGUAUGCAAAUGCAUUCAAUGAAUUUUUUUAGCACGCCUAAAAUGUGUAAAUGUGUAGUUAAUUUAUAUUUUAAAAUGUUUAUUUUGUAAUUUAAAAAAAAAUUUAUGUUAUCAUUUAUAGUUUUAAAUAUAUUUAGAAAACAUAAACACCGCCUAAGACGCUCGGUUUUUCAAAUUAUUGAACGAUAAUAUAACUCGUUUAGGUGUAAUUAUCGUUAUUUUUUGUUUUUAUUUUAUUUUUUUUUUUUUUAUUAUGAAAUAACGAUUGUUUGUGGUUUAGUGAAGUGGCUUUUCGUGCAGUUUGUUGGCUAAUUCACAUCUAUAGUUGCGUGCAGGUAGUGCGGCUAUAAAAAAAUAUAAUAUAUUAUAAUAGUAAUUUAGUGAAAAAUAAUAAUGAUAAUGAUGAUGAUGAUGAUAAUAAUAAAUAAGUAUUUAUGGAUAAAUUUAUUUUUUUUUUAACUAUAUUUAACACAGGGGCGGCUUUGGGGGGAGCCUAUGGGCCGUGGCCCCUCCCAAGCACGUAUUUUUGUUAAAAAAAAUUAUAUAGUAUCGGCUAUUGCAAACACGUACAAGUGUAUAGUUAAAGGUGUACAAUCAAUAUGCUACGAAGUAUAAAUAAACGUAUAAAACAUGUUAUUUAUACAGUUUUCUGGAAAAUAUGACUUGGUCUCCUAUCCAACCAAAUCUCUGGAGCCGCACAAAAUUUGAUAAAAUUUCUUUAUUUAUAAUUAAAUAUUUCUUUAUUUUCGAUUUACUAUAAAAUAUUCCUAUGCUCACAUAUUUAUACAAUUCAUAAUACUGUUGAAUUUUUAGAUUGUUUUAACUUCAGAACAUGGGUAUACCUACUCUUAAUUAAAUAUCAUGUUUAUUUAAAAUACCUAUAGGUAUUAAUUGUCGAGUUGUUACUACUUACAUGAUUUCGUUUUAACACAUCAUGUUUAUUAUACUAUAGAUAGUAGAUAUAUUGUUUGUUCCGAUGAUAAAAUUAUUAAGUAGGUAUUUUUUGUAUAUUUUAGUUCAAUAUAAAUUUAAUGCUCAAUAUUGAAAUUAUUUUCAAAUACGUUUUUGUAUUGUAUUUUACAUUUGAAUAUGUGAUAGUUGAAAAAUAGAGUUAAGUAUGGAAAUUAUCGGUUUCGUGCAUAAUACCCUACGCGAACGGAAUUUAAGUUGAUUUUAAUUUUCACUAUAAGUUUUGCGUCCCAUGAAAAAAAUAUGAAAUUACGCCACUGCCGGAACUACUAUCUACGAUUGGUUUUAAUAUAAUCAAUCGUGAUUUAAGAAAAACUAAUUUGUUUCACGUUCCAUUUUAUAAAAACAACUAUAUUUCCACAUUUUCCUUCCCUAGAGCUCUUUAAUCAUUGACUAACCUUAUAACCGACCAUACUGAUUUAUUUUCCAUGUCACGUAGGUAAUUUUGUCAAACAUAAUGUAUAUAUUUUAGCUCUGGAUUUAGUUGUUUUAUUUUUAUUUUUUCGUAUACGUCGUUUUAUUUUAUUAUAUACUAAAAAUAUAUAAUAUUAUUAUUAUUCUUCAAAAGAAAUUAAAUUGGUUUUAUCCCCCCUCCCCUACCUACCUACCUCCUUAAAGUACCACCUUAGGAAAUUUCCCUUUCAGAAAAGAUACUACACUUGAUACUUCAGGGCAAGAUUUCUGGUAUAAUUUUUGUACAUAGUAUAAAAAAAUAAAAAAAUUAACUUCUUUGUAAAACCAUUACAUUUUUCGCGCUACAAUCUGAAUCUAAAAAUAUAAUCCGUCACAACUUAAUAUAUGAACAUUAAAAUAUUUUUUUAAUAAUAAAUACUAAUAUUUUAUAAUAUUAUUGUGCUAAACACCAUGAUGGUCCUCUUGGCCAUACUAACACGUAACAAUUAUUAAUUUCGUGAACAGUGAACAAUUUCAAAACAAAAAAAUAUCAAACAACUGCACCACCUCACGAUCGACCUUCUCAAAGGUCCCUAUUGAGUCCUGUAAAUUCUAUUCCAGCGCUGCGCUAGAAAAAUUAAUGUUUUCAAUGCAAGAAUUGGUAAUAUUCAGAAGUAAAAAUAUAAUCUACAUGUGAAGUGUUUGAAAUUAUUUAAUAUCAUUAUCAUCAUUACAGUCACCAUCCAACGAUUAAAUGAAUGUAUUUAGAGUAUAUAUAAAUAGACGAAAAAAAUUCCUUUUGUUGAUUCGGUUUUCCCAUUGCAUUAUAAACGUAUAAAUUUCCAUUGAACCAUUUUCAAAAAAAAAAUAAUAAUAAUAAUAAUAAAAAACAAUAUAUAUAUUUAGAGAUGCGUUUCGACAACACUGCGGUUUUCGAAUUUCAAUAUCAAACCUUGACAGUAUAAUGUACUUUUUUGUGUACAAUAUUUUACAGAGUAAAAGAAUUUUUGUCCUCCAAACACGAGAAUAAAACGCGAUUUUUCUAUACGCGUACCAGGGAAAUUAUAUAUUCCCCAAAAAGUUAAUACUUUCGAAAAUAAUGAUCGCACUCGUUUAAAUGGAUCACUCAUAUGCACUUGUAUAUUCUCCUCGUCCUAACUUCCCAGCUUUUUCUUACCCGUCAAUAAUUUGCCAAUCGGAAUGUGGUGAAACGUUCUCCCGACACGCGCAUAGAAAAACUACUAUUUCUAGUGUUUAGACGGUUGUAAACAAUUUUUAUUUUAUUUUUUUGUACGCAAUUUUACGAAAAAAAGUACAUAGUACUGUCUACGUUUGAUAUUGUGCAAGUGAAACGGACCUAAUAUUUAUGUAUAAUAUACUCGUAUAUAUUAUUUAUAAUCGGUAAUAUUUCAUAUUAUAAUAUAGUUUAUUAAGUUUUCAAACAUAUUUAAAAAAUGGUAUUAUUUUACUCGGAACCGAUUGUAUUGUGCAUUUUUUUUUUUUUUUUUUUUUAAAGUUUACAUAAUAGGUACAAAUUAAAAAUAAUAUGUUCUUGCCAUACCGCUUGGCGCGUUUGCAGUAUAUAAUGGCGUAAGACGUUUUUUAGCAUAAUCGAAAUACUGUAUAGAUAUAUUUAAGAGUUCUAACACUCCUGAUAACUGAUUUGUCAUUGUCUGCGAUAGUGUGAAACAAUAGACGAGUAAAAUUUAGCAAAAAAUCAUACUCUUCCUUCGUCAUCCGGAAUGAUAAUGACUUUACUAUAACGUAUACGGGUAGUACGCAUAAAUACGUCGAAUUAUAACUCAAAACCAUAAUAUUAUAUUAUUUAUAAUGUUUGAAUACAAAAGAAAAAAAAAAUAAUAAUAAUGUUAUCACUAUAAACCGUGAAAUAUAUUCCCAAAUUUCGAAAUAUAUUUUUUUUCGUUUAUAUACAAUGUGUAUAUUUUUUUUAAAUGUCGAAUAAAAACAUUUUAUUUUUUUUUUCAGACGUGUAUAUUAUACGUUUGAUCGCUGAAAUAGUAUAACGAAUCAUAUACUGAAAAGUGAAACUAUUAUUAUAAUAGGAUGAUGAUAACAACAAUAAUAACAACAACUUAUGUAAUAAAAACAAAAGUAACAAAUCAUUAGUAAGCAUAAUAUCAUAGAAGGUAUUUUAGAUUCUUAGUGUAGCGAACAUAUUAUACUAUUAGCUUUGCCAAGGUGUGUGUGUGUGUGUGUGUGUGUGUGUGUGUGUUUUAGAUUCUGAGUGAAACAAAGAAGCUUAUAUGGUUUUACAAUGAUGUUUUUUUUUCUUUCUUGCGGAGAACUUUUAUACCAGCAAUUUCGCUCCGAUUUACAAUCAUAGCACAUUUUCUCAAAGAAAAUCUGACUGAGGUGGUACUUUAAGGAGGUCAUUUUUUGGUUUUCCUAGGAGUUUACCCAGAAAAAGUGGAAAACCGGGAAAAAACACGGGGAACCCGAAAAAAACGUAGAACAAAUGAGAAAAUAGGUACAAUAUUAAACAGAUAUUAUUAAAGAAAAUAUAUAAUGCAUACGCAAUUAUUUUACUAUAGUAUGACAUACAUACUGUUGACAAAGUCACACUAUCUACCGAACUCCGCUCAGAAUCGUUUUUUCACUUACGGAUAAAUAUUAAAUUUCCCCUCUACUAUUUUCCCAACUUCUCACCUAUAACAGUGGCUGCUCUCGUCACCAUUAUUCUAGGACACCUUUUUUUUAUUAUUAUGAUAAGUGGAAAUUCUCCGAUUUGUUUAUGUUAUACCUUAAAAGAUGCGGAUUUUCCGCCACAUAAUAAGUUUAUUCUAUACAUUUUUAAAAAAAUCGAUGAUUAAUGAUAGUACAUCCCUCAUAACUUUUUCAAUUUACCAAGCUGCUAUGUUUAGAAUUCAUUUUUCGAUUGCGAUGAUUUCUACGGUCCCGGAGAAAAAAAACGUAGCUCACUUUAUAUCAUUUAUUGCGUUUUUGUUUUCUCUUUCUACCACGAAAAAAACCGCAGUAUUUCUAGAAAUUCAGGGAGCUUUCAAAUCGAAUAAUAUUAAUUAUAAAAUCCAAUUUUUUUUCCGUAGAUGUAACUCAAUAAAAAUAAUAUGACUAUAAAUCAGUUAACGAAUGAUAACUUUAAAAACAACUACAAUUUCCUUUUUAACACUAAAAUAUACAAAAAUAUUAUAAAAAAUUAAAAGUUUAAUUAAACAAUUCAAAUUCAGAAUUAAAUUUGUACUUAAAAUUCUAUAAACUGGUCUUCUAAAAAAUGUUGAAAACAAUAAAGUGAGCUAAGUUCAUCUUCUUUGGGAGCAUCGAUUAAUCGUUGCUUUCAGUAGAUAAAGUAAAUUAUACUUAAUGUCUUAUACCUUCCCAACUACCCACCAUACAACAGUGGCCUGUCCAUGACGUGAAAGCUGUCUGGCUUUUCAUUAAAUAUAACGGUUUUUAUAAGCAAACGUUCGAAAAAUUAAUUUCUGAAUAACGUUUUGGUGUUCAAAUUGCUUUAACUGCUCGACGGAUUAUUUCAUCGUAUCGUAAAAAUAAGAUAAAAAGCUAAACGAGAAAAAACUAUUAUCUCUACUUCGCAGCGACUUUGUUUUUAUUGCAGAAUAUAUCCGUCACAAUAUUAUAAGUACCUACCUACCUAUAUAACGUCACAAAUCAAAUGAAACUGUAGAUUCCGUUUUUUCACCGAUUAAUUUUUAUAAUAUUUAUGAAAUAUGAAGCUUUAUUUUUUUUUCCAAUCCGUAGAUUGGUUCAUGAAAUGUUCUUCCACUCCUCCCUAUCCACAGCAACUUUUUUUCAAUUCACCGUAAGGUCAUUUAUCUAAAUCCAACAUGAUUUGCGUUAUAUAAGACUGUCUUGGCUUUUCUCUUCCUGACUUUUCCUCGAUUUUUCCUUCAAUUAUAAAUGUUACUCAUGCAUUGUUCCUUAAGAGGUGUCCGACAAAUGUUCCCUCCUCUCUCUAAUUAUUGUCCAUAUCGUUCUCCUUUUGUGUAUUUUCCGAUAUAUCUCUUCAUUUGACACUCGUUCGGUCCAAGAGAUUUUUAACGCCCUUCUCUAACACCAAGUUUCGAAAGUAUCUAUUUUUUUCCUAUCAGCUUUUAGGAUUUUUCAUAACUCUGCUCCAUACAAAGCCACACUCCAUAUCAUUGUUUUGAUAAGUGUUUUUCUAAUAUUACUGCCCAUUAAACUAUAUUAUAGGUAUAUUCAUCAAUCCACAACUUAGUUAUACUUAGUAUUUUUGUGCAUCGGUGUAUUAAACACGUCCGUUCGUCUUACAAGCGAUCUAUACAGAGUGAUUUAUUAUACCACGAACCUGCAGCAAUUUUUCUCAAAUGGAGUUUAAUUGAAUUUUAUUUCUGUAUUUUUCAAACAUUACAAUGUAAUUUUUUAUUAAUUCUAUUUUCAAUUUGUUACCCCUAUUCCUCGCACCUUGAAUGAGUAAUGAGCUUCAUAUCCAUUUUUAGAUGAUUAAAUCCCUAGUACUCUCUCUACUACUUUAUAAAUAUAACAUAACGUAUGAAAUAAAAUAUAAUAUAAAAUUCGUUAAAUAGUUUUAAUUAUCGCGCGUCACGUCUUACCGAGCUACAUUCGUUUGGUAUUUAUUUAAUUUGCAUUAUAUUCCAGCGAUUAUUAACAUUUUUCAACUGACCAAUAAAUCGUGUCCCGGGUUCGAACUGCCGUCGAUUUUCAACCGGCAAAAAUGUGACACCGACCGAGACUGCUGGCCGAGAAUAUGUUGCGGGUACGGCGGACUUAACGGUACGAGAUACUGUCGGAUUCCUUUACCGAGCUGGCGAAACGAUUUGCUGAAAACCGUUUCGAAAAGUAUGUAUAAAUAUACAGACACAAAACCGUUUUUAAUUUAAUUAUUUAAAACGCGCCCGAUAAUCGUUCGAUUUGAUAUUACAUAGACAUAAUAUACUCAUCAGUCAUACCUACUAUGUACCAAUUCAUUUUCGGUUGGUCAUUCUUUGGUGUUGGCUGUUAUCAUGUCAUUUGAAAUUUUAACGUAUAUAUGUAUAUAUAUAUUGUAUAAUAACUUUAGCUCAAUAACUGACCUGCAUAUAAUCGCAUCAUUUUUUUAUACUAAUCAAUAAUUAAUACUGACAGAUAUUUUUUUUUAUUAAUACGCAUUUUUCAUUAGUUUUAGUACCUACUCGAUUUUUACGUCCGGCAGUCCAACCGCAAUAAAAAGGAACUACACGAUCAAACGAUAUUAUUUAUUUUAUAUAUAUAUUUAUUAUAACUGCACUUCUUUGAUACAUACGAAAUAUUAAGUGGUACUUAGUGGCGGAUCCUGGGUGAGGGCGAGGUGAUAAAGUAAUCGCCCUCUCCCAAACACCCAAACACUGAAGUAUAGUAUGCUUUUUUCUUCUAUCGUGAUGGUAAAAUAUACACUAAUUUGUAUUCAUGUAAAUUUUAUUGCCUCCCCCCCCCCCUCUUAAAACCGUAGUAUUAGUGUAAAAUAUACACUAAUUUUUAUUCUUGUUAAUUGUAUUACAAAUACCCAAACACUGAAGUAUAGUAUGCUUUUUUCUUCUAUCUUGAUGGUAAAAUAUACACUAAUUUUUAUUCAUGUAAACUAUAAUGACUCCUCCCCCUUAAAACCGUAGUAUUGUAUGCUUUUUUCUUGUAUCAUGGUAAAAUAUAUACCGAUUUCAAAUUUUGUAAAUAGUGUCCUUCUCCCCCUUCUCAACCCAAAGUUAUGAUCUAGAUCCGCCACUGGUUGUACUUACCUAAUAUGUUGUUUGUACCUACCUACUGUACCAUAGGUAUACUAUUCUUAAAUUUCAAAAGUAAUUUAUUGAUUUUGACCUUAUUGUUAUUGAAAUAAAUUGAUAUGUUAUUUUCAAAAAAUAAAUCAUACUUAUAUAUCUGCUAUUACUUGCUAUAAAUAAAACUCCUACACUCGUACUAUACUUACAAAAAAUAUAUUCUUCAAAUAACUUACACUGACCGAAAAAACAUUAUAGCAUAAGAGUAAUUGCACAAAGAC